CCCUGCACCAUGGACCUUGCCUGUGGGCUGACCCAGAGAGCCGUGGCUUUGCAGCGAGCCUUGACCCAGACUGAUAGCGGGGCCCCAUCCGGCGUCACUCCUCUGCGGUCGGCGUGACUUGCUUGGCUCAGCGGCGGCCGAGGAAGUGGGAGCCCGAGCGAGUGCGACACAACGGCGCCCAGAUUGCAGCCCGCCGUCGAAUUAAUAGGGCCGCGGAGGAGACCGACCGGAAGCCGUGAAGCUGCCAGAUUAUUGCCCGCUUCCCGUCCCUCAAGAUCGCAGUCGGCUCCAAGCGCCGCUCAAGCAGCGGCUCGCGCACGCGUCGCGCGGCACUUCUGCGACCUGUGUCGACACGGUCUGACGCGACCGCUGAGGCUGCGACAUCAGCGCGGUUCCGCACUUCCGCCGGUACCGCAUUGGGACACCAGUUACGAUGAGGUCACGACCUGACAAGCUGUCAAUCGCCGCCAGCACUCCGGGACCGCCGUCUCGUGCUCAAGACUAACCGCCUGUCUUCGUCGUGUUGUGUCCGAAAAGAACUAUUUACUCCGUUCUUCGACGUCUUCUACGCAGGAGGGCAUGUUCGAAAUGCUUUACCUGAAGGACUGAUCAAGAAACGCUUUCGGCAUCACCUUUCUUCUGGCCCCCUGAUCCACCGUCCGCCUUCUGCUUGUGCGUAGUGUGUAACUUAUGUCGCCCUGCUGCAGUAUUGUCGAAGGCCCACUUAGAAUGGCCGCGAAAUACGGGAGCACCUGAAUGUGAUACAAGAAAACAGAGCCAAGAAACCCUAACGUUUCGGCUUUUUUUUUUUGUUCGCGCUUUAUUUCAUUUGCCUCGGUAGAUUACGCUGGACAAAGUCAGGGUAGCUUGUUCGGUUAGUUUGUCACUCGCUGUGCAGUAAGAGCCAUUUCAUAUUUAAGUAACCGCUAGUUCCCCAGAUCUGCGCUUGUAUAUGUGCUGAGCAUCAAGAAGUGAUUGUCUGGCGGAUUCUGUGUGAAACACGUCCAGUAACGCUUUGAGCAGGUCAUCGCAUCGCUUCUGAUGCGCGUCAUAUAAAGGAGAGCGCCACUCACUCGCAGGCACUUGCACAAGACUCGAGACCCCGGUAUGCCCUAGGCCAUGGAUCUGUAUCUCAACGACAGUGUCUUCGGCAGCAAUGGCACGGGAGCCGAAGGUGUAUCUCUCGUCAACCUCAGCUCAGAAGACAUCAUGACAGAGAACAUGUACAUCCUGCCGUGGUGGGGCCAGGCGGCCUGGACUUUGCUGUUCGGGAGCAUGGUUCUGGUGGCCACAGGAGGCAACCUGAUCGUCAUCUGGAUAGUGCUGGCACACAAACGCAUGCGCACGGUCACAAACUACUUCAUUGUCAAUUUGAGCUUAGCGGACACGAUGGUGUCAACAUUGAACGUCAUCUUCAACUUUAUUUACAUGCUAAACGGGGACUGGCCGUUCGGAACAGCCUACUGCAAGGUGUCCAACUUCAUUGCCAUCGUGUCUGUGGCAGCCAGCGUGUUCACCCUAAUGGCCAUCUGCAUUGACAGGUACAUGGCGAUCAUGCGUCCACUGCGGCCUCGGAUGUCCAGGGCGACGACGCUGAACAUCGCCAUCUGGAUCUGGGUGGCGAGCAGCCUUCUCUCGCUGCCGAACAUACUGUACUCGACCACCAAGGCAGAAAUCUUUGCCAACGGCGACUCUCGCGUCAUAUGCUACAUCUUCUGGCCCGACGGUGACGUCACCGAGAGCCACGACGAAUACGUGUACAACGUUGUGAUCCUGAUUGUGACAUACAUGAUACCGGUGACAUCGAUGGCCUUCACCUACUUCCGCGUCGGCCGUGAGCUGUGGGGAAGCCAAAGCAUUGGCGAGUGCACAGCCAAGCAGAUCGAAGCCAUCAAGUCGAAGAGAAAGAUCGUGAAGAUGAUGAUCGUGGUGGUGGUAAUCUUCGCCGUGUGCUGGCUACCAUACCACGUGUACUUCCUGGCCACACACCACCACCCGGAGAUAACUCAGUCCGAGUAUAUCCAGCAUGUCUACCUGGCCAUCUACUGGCUCGCCAUGUCCAACUCUAUGUACAACCCGAUCAUCUACUGCUGGAUGAACAGCAGGUUCCGCGAGGGCUUCAAGCGUGUCUUCUGCUGCCUGGCCUUCAGCGACCGGGAGACUGCGCAGCUGCGUCAGCACAUGGCGGCCACGCGCUACUCGUGCUCGGAGCCGUACGCCGACACUCGGGUCACGUUCAACGGGACCGCCACGGCCGUCCCGCUGCACACGCUCACCGAGACCAUGAGCGCAGGGAACCUGACCGCCGGCGGCCCGGCAAAGUUCAGGGGCUGCGGCUCGGACGUGUGACGAACGCUGCCGCCGGCCCGGUCGGCCCGGCUUGUCCCGCACGCCACUGCGGCGGCGCACGCCCUCUGAGUCCGUGGCGAGCAGCUUCUUGGCAAAGCGAUGCUCGGGCGCGCACAAUGGGCCUUUACCGCGCGUAAAUCAGGGGUCAGCCAGAAUACGACUGCGGGCUUUGCGCCAACACUCGAUGCGCCGCGCAUCUGUCCGAUUGCCCCCCUCCGCCCUGUUUUCUACUUUAUUUUAUUGCCAGUUUCAACACCCUCGUUCUCUUUUACUCUCUCGGGUUCGAUUUGCGGAAAAUAUGUCCGAGGACAUGAAAGAACGGCUAAACGGACCAAAAGAGGAAGUACUUAGCGUCGGAUUUCGAUUACACAGGUGGCAGGAACAAGGACGUCCAAAAAGAGGGGGGGUGGGGGUACAAUAUGGGCCGUCUUACUUCCAAGAGAAAAGGAAGAGGCUAUGGAUGACGCGUAGGAUACGCACGGCGAGGACGAAAAAGAAAAACGAAGAAGAACCGAAGAAGAUUUAUUAAUUAUCGUGUUUUCUUGCGUGUUUUCAUUUUUGGCGAUGUCCAACUUCCCGCUUCGUGGCGUCCCACUCACGCCCUAAUAUAAUAAAUGCUUUAUCAGUAGCAAGAUAGAGAAGGCAGGCCACAGUUACGCGGCAAGGGAAACGCCGGUCGGUCUCCGUGCGUGUGAAUUUCGACGAUCUUCAUUCGCAGCGCACCGUAGUCGGCGAAUGGCGGUUAUCGUGAACAAGCCACGGUCAUGGGCACGAGGAGCUGUUGUGCUGAUGUGUCGGCUCGGCUGCUGCACUAAUGGUGUCGCUGUGUUGAACUUCUCGUUUCAUUGUUGUCCGUUACUCAUAAGGACAGUGUGUAGUGCAUUUUCUUAAGCGUUUCCCGGCGAUGUUCAGUAUUGUGUCCCCUAGUAUCAAACUCCAUGGAAUGCAUGGUACACGCACUGAACGGACGGCAAGAAACCAGGAUGACGAAUCAUUUUAUUUCGUGCGCCUCAGUAGCCCCUGUACGAACGAUGACAUGAGUUCCGUGCAGUAACAGCACUGGCAGAAAAUCUAUGCGCUCCGAAAGCGAUGGCUGCUGCUUAACAGUUGUCGCGAUUUUGGCAUCUUCGACAGAAAAAAAAAACAAUAUGAGAUCAAAGGUUCCGCAUUUCCUUAGGUAUAUAAACCCUUCACUUUUUAUCUAGACAAGACGGAUUUUUUACGUGGGUGUGUUCACGUAAACUACCAAGCUUUACUUGCACAAAAGCAGUACUCCUGUCAUCCUAAUGAAAUACGUGUUUCGUUGCGCGUUUGCUUCAGGAAACGAAGAUCAUGUCGGACCAACUUUCCGAGCUACGUAAGCACAAGUGCCAAGGCACUCGUAAAGUUAUCUAUGAAGUCGUUCAAGCUCAUUCUUGCUCGUAUUUUUCCCCCUUCGUAAAAAAAAAUCGCUUGGAAAACAAAAUUCUAACGCCAAGAAACGUUCUUGACGAUAUCAAAUCUAGUUUUAUGGAGUACGCCUAUGCCAUCUGCAUAACAGACACUAUUCCUUUGCCCAUUUUGUUUCGGUGCUUGCACAAAGCUCGUACAUUAUGACGGCACACAAUUUUAAAUCGGAUAAUGCUGAAAUGUUGCUUGUUGGAGCUACCUUGCGAAAGGCUUGGUCUCUUGCUCUUUUUCUUUUUUUCUUUUAAGUGCAUCAGCCGUAAGAAGCCGCUGCAAAUAGCGCACGUACUUGACGCUUGUGCCAAAGUGCAAAGAUUACUGCAUGUAUUCGCAAAAAUAAAAGGAAACGAAUAAGCUUUCUUUCUGCGCACCCGUGAUAAACGUAUCUGCUUAGGUCGGUAGCUGCAUUAUCUCCACAAUACACAUUCCCUUCAGGCGACAUUGGAACGCCCGACUGGGCUUUUAUUCCAUACCAGAACCAUUGCAUAUGAUCGCGCGUACGCUCCUCACAUCCGCUAGUAUUUCUUGGGGAUGGGUAUUUGACGCAGCACUAUGAAAUUUCUGCUUAAUUAUAUAUUGCUUGUACGGUAGUUUACUGCACCUUGAUUCAGUGAAACUUGCCUUCACAACUAGCAACGCGUGCAUCAUUCUAUUUUGUUAUACGGCUUUUUAUGACACGACUUUUCCAAAAAUAUUCACAAUUUCUCUUUACUGUUUGGCGAUUUUAUAUUGUUAGCUCUUUAUACAAACUACGGCCACAUUUUUGGUACUGUUCUCGCAAUUUAUGUCCCUGAUAAAAUAAGAAGUAAAUCAUUGACUGUUUUUUUUUUUUUUAUACGUUAAGACGCGUGAACCAAAUCGUAACGAAUAACGAAAACGAUCGGCCAGCUUACUGUUUCGUAUGUUCUGUUCGCAGAAAGGUGCGCGUACAGCUGGCUUUCGGGCUCACACUGAAGAGCCGCAGUUGUAGAAAGGAAAGAUUGAAAAAACUAAUCAUGCAGGAAAUUGUCAAGCUGCGAGAACAUCUAUUCCAUUACAUGCCAUGUAACGGACGGACUACAGCGCCUAGAUGUAUAAAUGUUUGCACCUUGCGAAGUGGUGCUGCACGUCGUUAUAGAGCUGCAUUACUCCACAUGAGGUUCCUCCUCACAGAGCUCAUAGACACGCUUUGUCCUAUAUUGCCACAGCUCUGAAAGUACGUCUGUCUCCUACAAAGAAUUUGGCUCGAUCGAGUCACGUCUCGUAUCAAAGUCCUUCAAUAUCCGAAUAUCUUUUCUUGAAAUCUACUUGUGCACCACAGUCCCAUUAGUCUGCUUCGGCUUAUAAGCGAUGGAGAACAGUAAGCUCAACGAAUGC